UUCCUGUCCUACUUAUACGUAGCGGCCUAUCAUAAGAUAUCAAGAUAUACAUAGGCCUACCAUGAGCCUCCAUCUAAAGGCGGUACCUCUCUGGAUGGUCGCUGUCUUCCUUACGUCCUUCUCGUCUUAAUCGGCUGCAAUGAAUGUGUCCAGAAUUCAUCGCCUCGUCUAUAUCAUUGGCUUUCUGGACCUUCUUGGAGUGAGCCUAAUUCUUCCCCUGAUCCUUCCACUGGUAAAGAGUUUGGGCGUCACCCAUUUUGUAGCUGGUGGAAUCACCUCACUUUACGGUGCCAUCCAGCUAUUCUCCAGCCCUGCUGUGGGUCGGUGGAGCGAUGUGGCGGGUCGACGACCUGUCAUGAUGGUAUGCUUAAUAGCAACAGCUCUCAGUUACUUGGUACUUGGGGCUACCCAAUCUCUGCUGGUCAUCAUCAUUGGGAGAGCUAUUGCAGGAUUGUUUAAGCACAGCCAGACUGUAUGUCGAGCUCUGCUUGCCGACAUAACUUCUCCAGAGGAAAGAUCGCAGACUUUUGGAACAUUUAACGCUGCAUCUAGCAUAGGGUUCAUCAUAGGUCCCAUGCUCGGAGGUCAUAUAUCAGAGUUGGAGGAUGGAUUUAAAGUAGUGUGCAACCUGGGCGCUUCUCUAUUUCUUAUAAACUUCGUGCUGUGCUGGAUGUUCAUCCCUGAGGUCCGUGUGAAACAGUUCAAGUUGUCGAAAAAAAGUUACAAGAGUGAUGGCAGCGGUCGGUCGUUUGCAUUCGUGAAGGACAUUGACUGGCACAUAUUUUGGGAUAUAUUUCUCAUCAGAUUUUUCCUGAGCUUUUCCUCUCUUGUGUAUAGAUCUAACUUCUCGCUCUUGAUUAAUCAGAAUUUUGGAGCAAGUCCAGUGGUUAUUGGAUAUCUUAUCUCAUUCCAGGGAAUUAUCAGUGCUGUGGCAGGAUUCUUCACCGGACAAGUUUCCAAGAUAUAUAGAGACUCCCAGCAAGAACUCUACCAUGGCUCUAUAUUGAUGACUCUAGCUCUGUUGGGACUAACUGUUGCCCCUUCACUCUCAUUACUUUUGCUUUGCUUAAUACCAUUGUGUAUCAGUACAGCGGUAAUACGAGUCAGUGGCUCUGCGGUGACAAUCAGUCGAUGCGAGCCUUCGCAGAUUGGCUCAGUAACUGGGUUCGGGCAGAGUAUAUCAUCGGUGGCUCGCAUGGUCACCCCGAUGGUGGCGGGUGUGACACAGGAGAUAAGUGUAUAUGGUCCAGGUGUGAUGGGAACAAUCUCAGCAGGCGUGGGAGCCGCUCUUGUUGGCUAUAUGCAACACAAAACAAAAUUAAAACCUGAAUAAUGUUACUAUGCUAUUUUUGUAGUUAUGAUGACCAAUUAUUGUUAAUACAGUAGGCUGUUUUUAUGUUUAUACUUUUAUUUAAUGAAGAUUUUUACAUUUUUGUUAAAUAUUUGGCGUAUGACAGCAAGACUUGUUCAUAUGCAUGAUAAUUCUGAGUUACACUGUGUGCAGUUACACUGUGUAAGUGAGGUUUUCCCUAUAAUUUUUUUCUUCUAAGGUAAAUUGUUACAGCUCAUCAGUAUUGGCAAUUAUAUUUAAUAAUUGUAUACUGUAUUAAUUUUUUGUUAAAUUAUACUUGUUUUUGUACAAUUUUUUUCCUUUUGUACUUUUUCCAUGACAUCCAAAUAAUGCUUUGUUGAAUAUCAGGCUGUGCUGGACCUACAUUUUUGGGGUCCUUCACAACCCCUUCUCAUACAGUAGACCCAGAAUUUUUAAGCAGUGUGAACUGGGGCACCUCCAGGAUUAGGGGCCCUAAAGCUUAAGCUUCAUUAGUUGCAAAGUAGAUCCACCUCUGAUAUCGGUGCAGUGCUACAGCGAUCACAUUUUGUUCCAAGUAGCGUUUCACCAAAAAUCUGAAGCUUAUGAUGACGUUUUGGACCAUCUUGGUCCAGUCAAGUCAGUGGCUCUGGAUGAACCAAAACGUCACCAUAAUGUGCCUAAGUGAAGAUUUUGAUGAAUUCUUCCAGUCAUGGUAAUAAAACUCCAUUAGUGCUCAAAUGACAUACACUUAUGUAUAACUUUUACAAAGUGCAGUAAUUCCUCGACUUACAAAUACGGUAUUGCGUAUAAUAUCAUUGUUAUAUAAUUAUUGUGUAUGUCAUUACGUAUUAAUUAUACACAGUACAUGAGAUUCCAACAUGUGUUUGUAGAUCGAAGACUUACUGUACUAUCAGCAGAUGUUACUAGAAGAAAUUAUUCUUACAAUAGAUAUAGCAGCAAUACAUAUAAAUUCAACUCAAAUUUUAGUUACAACAUUCCUAAGCCUACUGAAUAUGCCACACAUAGUACUGUGAUUUGAAUGAAUGGUUUAGGAAACUGACUAGUUGAUAAAUGAGACACUUAUGUAAACAUUUGGGAAUCUUUAUACUGGAAACAUUCCACCAGCCAGUGACUUCUUCAGUCCUGUGCAGAGAAAUGGAAGAUGACGAGUUUGAGGUAAUCAAUCCCUCAGCCUGGAGUCGAUGUGUUCAGUCCAUGAAUCUUGGCAAAAUUGCAGCAUAAUAGGUUAGGUUAGACAGGUUUGUCAGGAAACAGGACAAGUGCAGAAUAUUUGCAGAAAUAAGGCUUAUAUACUGCAAAUGGAUGAAGUGGAGCAGUGGUAAGUGGAGUCACCAGUGGAUGAAUCCCAGUCCACAUCUUCAUAACUCUACAAUGUGAUUCUGAUACUGACCUCUGACACGUGGAAAACUUACACAACACACAGGCAUCACAGUGGAAUUUAAUACCACUUUGAUAUUCCUCAUGUUUGCCUUAAUCUUUAUAGAAACUUGAUGUAAAUAAAGAGGCCAAAAAAUAGGAAAUAACUUAGCAAAUACUAUAUUAAAUUUUCUCAACUUACUUCCAGUAAAUACUUGAAAACAAAA